AAAUUAGGUUAGUAAACUGUAAAUCAAUUACUUACGAAAUACUGCACGUUGAUAGUCCCCAGUAAGAGAACUUUCAACCUCAUUCUCGAUGGCCGGUAUUCAGACGUUGCACAGUGACCCCCAUCUACCAUUGAUGGCUUCUCCGGCGACAGGUAUCAUGGAUGCUAUGUCCCUCCAAACUGAAUGCACUGUCACUUACACCUCCAACAACACCAAGUUCUGGGCUCCAAACUGUGAGGACUCAAUCACACCAUACCUCGGCCAGGUGUUUGGUACAGUGGAACAGGGUGAGGUGUUUUACUUUGAAUAUGCUAGAGCAGUAGAGUUUGAUGUUCGUCGUAGCACGGUGAAGAAGGAUAGAACAGGUAAUACAACUAUUCGGCACCUGGUGUGUUCAAGACAGGGGUUUAAACAAAUCGUUCGUGACCAGUGCCGAAUCAGGGGGGGUAAUGGUGUAACAACCACUGCACCGCGUCGUAGGACUUCGAAUCGGGUUGGUUGCCUAGCUCGGGUUGUGCUGAAACGGGGGAAUACAAGAGGGUUCAUUGUGCACAUGUUAGAAAUCAGCCACACACACCCUUUGUACAGCGCAACAUCACGACCUUUUAUGCGAGGGAACCGUAACAUGGAUGUUACCCACCAGAACUUUGUUGCUAGUUGUGCUAAAGCGAACAUUGGGCCUUCUAAAUCAUUCAAGUUGUACAGAGAGUUCGUUGGUGAUUUUAGGAAUAUUGGGGCCACGCGUAAUGAUUUCUGGAACAUGAAACGAGAUUUGUUGGCAUUAAUUAAGGGGGCAGAUGCACAAAUGGUUAUUGCUAAAUUCCGUGGGAGACAAGAACGCUGUCGAGAGUUUUUCUACGACUACGCCGUAGAUGCGCAGGAGCAACUUUGUAGGUUAUUUUGGACAGACCGCGUUGCACGUGAGAGUUAUGCUCUAUUUGGGGAUGUUAUGUCGUUUGAUGCCACGUAUAACACUAACAAGUAUAAAUUGGUGUUUGUCCCUUUUACUGGAAUUGACAACCACAAGCGAUGUGUUGUGUUCGGUGCUGGGUUGCUUGCUAACGAAGAUGAGGCGUCCUAUGUUUGGUUGUUGGACACUUUCAAGCGUGCCAUGGGUCGUGAGCCUAUAUGCACAGUUAUAGACCAAGACCCUGCUAUGAGAAAAGCUGUUCCACGAGUUCUGAAGCAUACACACCACAGAUUUUGCAUGUGGCAUAUAAUGACAAAGGUCACCGAGAAAGCUGGGCCAGUACUAGCCAAGAAUCAUGAGUUCCUACGUAGUUUGAAUGUGGUUGUAUGGGAUGAACGCAUAACAAGUGAGGAGUUUGAGGUAAGGUGGCAUGCUGUUAUGGAACGAUUCGGGCUUCUGGACCAUACUUGGUUUAGCGAACUGUUUGAAUUGCGCUCAAUGUGGAUCCCAGCUUUUUUCCGGGAUGUACGUAUGGGAGGUUUGUUGCGAACCACUUCUCGAUCUGAAGCCAUCAAUAGUGUUUUUGGGUCUUGCACCAACCAGCACGCUAGUUUAGUUGAAUUUUUAUGCCAUUAUGACGGUGCUAUGGACGAGCAGCGUUAUGAGCAAGCGAAGCUAAACGCGACAUGUGAAGGUAACCUGCCUCAAAUGAUUACACCAUUGGCAAUAGAGCGUCAUGCAGCUGACAUAUAUACGAUACAAGUGUUCUAUGAGAUUCAAAAUGAGAUUAGUCGCGCUUGUUUUUCUUGCCGGGUCAUGAGCGUCAACCGUUCUGGGGUGCUUUGCCAGUAUGUUAUACAAGACGUUAGCGGUAAUGAGUCGUUGGUGGAGUACAACAGUGGUGAGGUAACUAUCAAGUGCACGUGCAAAAUGUUUGAAAAGGUAGGGCUUCUGUGUAGACACGGUUUCGUUGCUUUGAAAGAUGCUGGCAUGGAAGUGAUCCCCUCAACGUACGUGCUCGGACGGUGGACACGUGCUGCUUGUGUGCGUCCGGUAAGCAUAGAUGUUAAUCUGGGUAACAAUGCCGAAAACAGCAAUCUAGCCCCACAGCACAAAUUGUGGGUGGAUUUCCACGCAUGUCUAGCCCUAGCAGGUGAGGACCGUGACCGGAUGGUAAUUGUUGGUAACGUAGUACAGUCAUUAAAAGAGACUUUGAGUGUGGAUGUUAACAGUGCCCCCGUGCGUCGUGGAAAGCGUUCAAUUAUUGAGAACUUUUGUGGUAAUGUGGUCGCAGAACCUGUAGUCAUCCGUCCACCAGUGGUAGCCCGUAACAAGGGUCGCAGGAAGCGUUUAAAAGGAGCUCGUGAAAUUGCAGUGGCUUUGAAGAAAUAAGGAGGACGGACAUGCGCUACUUGCAGAAAGGCAAAUGGGCAUGACAGUCGCAACUGUGAGCUACGAGAGAAAAAUCCCGAGUCAGAGGGUUGGUUUUAGUACUGCAACUAGCUAUUUGGGUUUUUCUUUUUUUGGUUUAAUAAAUAAUUAAUUAGUAGCGAUUAUGAUUCUGCACUAUUUAAUAACACAUUAUUGGUGUUGGCCUUUGGUUUGGUCCUCAUGCACAUCUUUAUGUGUGAGCAUAGUCAUUUGUUUUAGUUGUGCGACAUCAAUUUCAGCCGCACUAGGUAGUGAGUUUGCUGACUAUAAUGCAAUUACAUAUGGGAGCGGUGAUGUAGACCAUAUCUGUAUUUAGGAAGUGGGUACUUGGAGUUGGAAUUUAAUGUUACAGUCGAUUACUGUUUUGUUUGCCCC